AUGGACGCCCGAUUCGCUACGAUGGACGCAGCGAACGACGCGCCUACUGGCUGCGCGCGAGCGAUAGUCAAGACGGUGGUGGCGCUGAGUCUCCCGUUCGUACUGAGUCCACGCGAAGUGGCGAGUGAGGCAGCAACAAAUGUGGCGGCAGCCUUCACCACGUGCUUCAGUCGUCUGCGGCAGCGCCGCCAGCAGUUUAACGAGGAGCAGAAGGAGGCGCUGCUGACGGAGGACGAGCGUUUCUCAGAGGCGGCUAUGAUGGAGCUACGUCGACGUGUGAUGGAGACGCCGACCAUGCGAUGGGGGCCCGUGACCACAGAUCAGCAACCGCGGCCGUCCCGCUGGAAACAGCGCAAGGUGCAGGAGCGUGCACGAGCCAAGAGUAAUCCGUCGCCGCAUUGGAAGAGAGCAAGCCCCGAGAAGGAGCAGGAGGUGUUCUCAACGCUGGCGUCCGACACGGAGAAAGCGCUGGAUCAGAUUCUCGAAUCGACCAAAAAGACCAGAAAACACUCCAAGAGUAGCGAAACACUGGACGCUGAUGCUAUUUCCCCGGAGAAGACGGGAGUGGAAAGUGUUCUGCUGGAUCUCCAGGACGACGAUGGAAGCAACGAUGGCGGUCCGCUGCGUGAAUGGCUCGCGGAGAUCGACACCUCCCGGUCGGAAGAAUACUGCGUGUAUGCCAAGCAGCUGGAGGAGCACGGCUUCUUGACUGUAGAGGACUUGGCACAGCUGGAAAGCGAUGACGACGUGGAUCAGGCCAUGAGCGAGGUAGGAAUCGCCAAGUUCGCACACCGGCUGCGCAUCCGGAAAGCCAUCCAGCGACUGCAUUCGCACUCUUCUGAAGAAAACAACGCUGCUGUCGCCACACUUCCAAUCGCUGCAAGCGCGUAA